UUUCAUUGGUAAUUCCGACGAUGUCCGAUGGCAGCACUUGAUUAUCAGAAACUGAAAACAAUCGCAUCUGUCAGUUGAAUUUUAAUAAUAAAAAAUUUUAUUUAUUUCGCAACAAUGUCAACGCCUUCAACAAUGCGAAGGCUUAAUGUCAAAAUAGCUGCUGGAGCAGUAGUCUGCGAUGAAAGUAUUCUAAAAGGUGACAUAACUAUCGGACCCAGGACUAUAGUGCACCCUAGAGCCAGUAUUCUCGCAGAAGACGGACCGAUUGUCAUCGGCGAAGGGAAUAUUAUUGAAGAAAUGGCUACAAUUGCAAACAGACUACCUCCAGACUCUGAUGUUGAGUGUCCCGUGCAAACUAUUGGCAGUUUUAAUGUAUUCGAGACGGAUUCUCUCUGCGAGGCUCUUAAAGUCGGCGACAAUAAUGUCCUAGAAACAAAAGCAAAAGUCUGUAGAGAAGUCGAGCUGACCAGUGGAUGUGUUGUAGGAACGUCAUGUUCAUUAAUUGAACCUGAAAUAGUGCCUGAAAAUACUAUUAUUUAUGGUUCGGAAUGUCAUAGGCGUGAAAUGAAUGAUAAACCUUACCCCCAAGUUGGUCAGCUGGAAUUUCUAGUGAGGGUUUUACCAAAUUAUCAUCAUUUAAGGAAACCUAACAUGAAAUUAGUCAAAAUAGAUCCGCAAAAUUAAUUUUUAAUAAUCACAAAGAAUUUAACAAUAAUAAUUAUUAUUACUAACAAUUAAUAAACUAGGAAUUUAAUGCGUCCAACUGAAGCGCGAUUCUUGUACCAGAGAUGUCACUACUAUAUCCAAUAUUUGCAGUCAAUAGAGACUUUAAAUUUAAAUUAAAGCUUAAAAAAAAUUUUUUUUAUAAUUUAUCUAUAAGAACAAUAAAAAUGCACGUACUCUUGUAA